AUGCCCUCCAAGGUCCGACCAGCAAGCGGCAACAACAAAACGAGACAAGAACCCACCCGCCUUCUCUCCUCCGUAAAAUUCCUCCUCAUCUUUUCCGUCUUCGUCGCGACGCUGGCUAUCCUAUCUCUACGAGCUAUUCCCCGGCUCACCCUCCUUUCGAACCACUUCUCCCCUCUCACCACCACCGUGACCACAACCCCACUGCGCGCCCUCUUCUCUGCCUCCUCCUCUAAGAAGAACUCGCCCGCCAUGUCAGCCUACGCAAAGGAGCUCGAAGUGGCCCAACUGGCUGUCCAGCGCGCCUCCAUCCUCACCAAGCGCGUCUUCCAUGAAAAGGCAAAGGGUACCGUCGACAAGAACGAUAAGUCUCCUGUCACCAUUGGCGACUUUGGCGCCCAGGCCCUCAUCAUCGCCGCCCUCCGCCACCACUUCCCAGACGACGAGAUUGUCGCCGAGGAGGAGGCCGCUCAACUGCGCUCCGAGCCCAACCUCCGUGACCAGAUCUGGGACCUCGUCAAGACCACCAAGCUCGACGACGCCGCUGCAGAGUCCUCGCUUGGCGGCGGCAUCAGCUCCGCCGAGAGCAUGAUGGACAUAAUCGACCAGGGGAACAGCGAGGGCGGUGCCAGCGGCCGCAUCUGGGCCAUCGACCCCAUCGACGGCACAAAGGGCUUCCUGCGCGGCGGACAAUACGCCGUCUGCCUGGGCCUCAUGGUCGACGGCGACGUCAAGGUCGGCGUCCUCGGCUGCCCCAACCUCCCCGUCGACGACAAGGCGCCGCUGACGGCCGACAUCGGCUCCAACGCAAAUGACGACACGGGAUACGGCGUCAUCUUCUCCGCUGUGCUCGGCCAGGGCGCCACCUCGCGCCCUCUACGGACCGGCGCCAUCGCCGACGGCGCCCCCAUCUCCAUGAAGCCCGUCACCGACCUGUCCGCCGCUACCUUUUGCGAGAGCGUCGAGGCCGGCCACAGCGCCCACGACGACCAGGCGCAGAUUGCCGCAAAGCUCGGCAUCACCAAGCCCAGCGUGCGCAUGGAUAGUCAGAGCAAGUACGGCUCCAUCGCCCGCGGCGCGGGCGAUAUUUACCUGCGUCUGCCCGUCAAGGCCACGUACCAGGAGAAGAUUUGGGACCACGCCGCGGGCGAUCUCAUCGUGCGCGAGGCCGGUGGCCAGGUUACGGAUAUCCGGGGCAAGAGGUUAGACUUCGCUGUUGGACGGACGCUCGCGAACAACAAGGGCGUCAUUGCUGCGCCAGCCGCAGUACAUGGCGAAGUGUUGAAGGUCGUCCAAGAUGUGUUGAGCUCAAAAUCUGGCUAA